CAAAAUUAGAGUGAGCAAAGAAGCAUAAAGGGGUUAGGAGUGCAGGAGGAAGUGGGUGAAUGAUUGGCAUCCACAAGUGCGGUGGCAAUUCUGGGGCCACAAACUUGGUUUGUGGACGGAGUUGAUUUUCCCCAUUUUACUUGGCCCCCACCCGCCUCCUCCUCCGUCUCUCACUGGACUCUGCCAUUUUGGUUCUCUCCCUACCAAGCUUUGUGUUGUAAAGGAAAUGCUGGCUAGUAUUAUUUCCUUCUUAUAUUGACCCUUCCAAUGGCACUAACUGCGAGCAAGUUUUCAAGUAGUCCUGUGGCGACCGACAGGACAAGUAUCUCUAAAUCGCAAGGAACUAUUUCUUCAUUUUCCAAAUCAAUAAAACAUUGUGGGUUGCAUUCUAAAAAUCAAGGAGUUGAGCUUAGGCGACAGAGCAGUGGACAUCUCUUGACUGCUAGAUAUAGAUUUUCCAACAAGGGUUUCUGGCACAUAUGUGGAAAAACUGGUCAUUAUUUUUCCUCUAGGGGAUCUUCUGUGUUAUGCUGGUUAACAGGGACACAUAAGACUGAAGCAAAACAAUGUGUUGAACAUUAUAGUGAUCGUUCUGAUAUACCAAGUGUACAACUUGAAGAUGAGGAAGACGAGAAUCUGGUCAUGCCUGAACGAAUCAUUCACUCAAAUCAGGGUUUAGCUGAAGCUUGUAAAUUUGUCUACAAUGAUGCAAAAUUUGUAAAUGAAAGGGCUCGUAAUGACAUGGUCUUGCUUUCUCGUGGCAUAAUGAGGUUGGAUGCCCGUGCACGCCAAGAUGUUGCUAUUCUUGGGUCAGAGUUUCUUAAGCUUGAUGCUCGGGCAAGAGAAGAUACUGAGAAAAUUGACCAUGGUGUGAAGAAAAAGGCUGAACGUCUUCAUCAUAUUGCUACUAUUUUGAAAGACAAAGCGCAGUCUAGAUUGAAAAGUGCAGCUGACAAGCAUUGGAGUGAUGGAGCAUUGGAGGCUGAUUUGCGCCGUGCUGACUUUUGUGCCAAACAACGUGCAAUGGAAGAUGCCCUAAUGGCCUUAGAGUUUGUAAAAAAUAUCCAUGACAUGAUGGUGAGCAAAAUGUACAAGUUGAAAAAAGGUACUCCAUCAUCUAAUGACACAAUGGGACAUAUAAUGCUCGAAAAGAAUGGAAAAACUCUUGAUUUCUUCCCUGGGGAAGUGUCCACUGAUCGCAUUACCGCUAUUCAGGAAGUUUACUUGAGUAUGGCCUCGGCUCUCUCUGAAGCUGAUGGAAUUGACUAUACUGAUCCUGAAGAGCUUGAGUUGUUAGUUACAACUCUUAUCGAUCUUGAUGCAAUGGAUGGUAAAAGCAGUGUUUCACUGUUGGCAGAGUGUUCAAGUUCUCCUGAUGUCAAUACUAGACAAGCAUUAGCCAAUGCAUUGGCAGCUGCCCCAUCCAUGUGGACUCUUGGAAAUGCAGGCAUGGGAGCAUUGCAGAGACUGGCAGAAGAUAGCAAUCCUGCAAUUGCUGUCGCAGCAUCAAAAGCUAUUUAUGAACUGAAGAAACAGUGGGAAAUAGAAGAAGGGGACAGUUGGAGGUUCACAAUGAAUCAAAAGCCAAUGAAAGAAGCUGAUGAUGUAGAAGAUACUGACUAAGAAUUAUCCAUAUGAUUAUACUGUAGAUAUCCACUUGGAUGGCCCAAGUAAUUAUUAUGGUAAAUCCACUAAUCUGAAGAAGUGAAAUGAAGUGCUGAAGUAAAACAGAGAGCUUUGUCAUAUGUUUUAAGGUUGGUGUUUCUUUCGUAUAUUUUUUCACCUGUCCAAGCUCUGAGAAUUCAAGUCUGUCUGCCCAUUUCAUUUGAUUUCUUUCCAAUUUCCUUUUAUGGUGCAGAGGCAAACUUGGAACUAUAUAAAGGUAUAGACCAAUUUGACUUUUUAGUGAAUAAUUUUGUUACAGUAUAAAUUAGAACUCAAUCCAGAUGCUGAAUUUGUAACUUAUUUUUCUAUAUUUUCAGCAUAUUCAUUUCCCCUUUCUUACACUUUCUGAGAUUCAAAUGGAACCACAUGGUUAGAAACUUGUAUCCUGCAUUACUUUGGGAACCAUGAUGCUGAUCUCUUUACGGUAACUAUGCUAACCAAAUAACUAUUACAAUAGAGAAGAUGAAGAUAAUUAGCCACGACUGUAGUUCUCCAUUAGAGGGGCAAAUAUGACUGAUAAUUUUAUGAAAGCAUUAUGUUUAAAGAGAUGGUCGUUAUCCGCUGCAGUUGAUCAAUGCUUACUCCCGAGGAUGGUUGAAGAAUUGAUCAGUGUUUUGCCUUUUUAUUUUUCUGGUAUUGUAUUUGGUCUUUUUGUUAGAAUUGUAAAGACCGAGAACCUGGUAACCAUUGAUGAAUAGGAAUGUUGAAAAUUUGAGUAAUUUUACAUUUGGUGCCAAA